AUGGAAGCAUCCACCGCCGUAGCUGAGCACGCCGUCGACGUGGACGGCGUCGCAGCUGAAGGGCCACCGGCCUUUGCAGCGCGUGGCGCGACAAAUGCCCACGAUGCGCCGCUGCUAUUUUCAUCAACUAUUACGCGUGGCCACUACCACCAGUGUGGUUCAGGACGUCGAGUAAAAUUGUAUGUUUUGGAAGGGCAGGCCUGGUCUGAUCGUGGUACUGGCUUCUGUGCAGGCGUGUACGAUGAGGACAAAGACGAGGCGCUGAUUGUUGUACGCAAAGAGGACUUCUGUGAAUCACUUGGUAGUGUAGCGGAUGUUACAGUACCCGAGGAUACCCAGGAUUCGGAUGCACCGCCACAUGAGUAUAUGUUGGUCGCGCAAGAGUCACUGGAUUCUAACGAUGUUCUUCUAAAUGCGCCGGUUAUCAAAGAAGAUGUGUACCAGCGACAGCAAGACACAUUGGUAGUCUGGACAGAACUGGACGGGUCAGAUAUGGCGCUGUCAUUCCAGGAGCUGGAGGGCUGCAAUGAAGUAUGGGAUUUUAUUACCGAAGUGCAGCAGCACUUUGCACUGAGCCGUGGCUUGGAUUAUACCAAAGGUAAUAUCGAUGGCCUACCUUCGUUCCAUUUGGAGGAUCCCACCCUUGACAACAUUGAAUCCAUUGAAGAGGAGCUGGCAGUGGCAUGUCUGCACAGUGUGCCGAUGAGAGAACGAGUGGUGGAAUGGCUGCUCAAGUACGACUAUGUGCGCAAACUAGAGAGUGUGUUUGUGGCAGCAGAAGAACAACAUUUGCUCCCUAUACUGUACGCGCUCUAUGGUAUUAUGAAAAUGAUUCUAUCGCUGAACGACAAUGUGAUGGUCGAGUACCUUCUUCAGGAUGAGGUGUUUUUCUCGGCCAUUGGCAUGCUGGAAUACAAUCCAGAGCUACCGAAACUCAAAGCGUCGUAUCGGCAGUACUUGCAAGAGGAGGCCAAGUUUCACCAGGUGGUGGACUUUGACGAUCCAUCGAUUGUGACCAAGAUCAAGGAGACGUAUCGCCUUGUGUACCUGAAAGAUGUGAUUCUGGCUGGUUUUGCAGACGAUGCGCUACAAUCUAUGCUGGCGUCGCUGGUAUUCUUUUACCAAAGCGACAUUGUAAAUUAUUGUGUGUCAAGCGACCAACUGUGGACACAGCUUCGUGUGCUGUUUGAAGGCGAGGGAGAUGCCCAGACAGAUGUGUCGACGCAGCGCGCUAAGGGUGUGCUUUUUUUGCAGCACUUGUGUACCAUGGCGAAGCAGAUUCAGCUGCCUGGGCGAGUAAGUCUGUUCCGCAGUCUCAUCGAAGGGGGUGUGCUUCCGAUGAUGGAGUGUGCGUUGCGCGAAGAUGAUAUGUCUGUGAAGAAUGCGGCGGCGGAGGUGCUCAUGUCGGUGAUUGAAUACGAUGCUAACAGUGUGCGGUCGCAUAUCUUGACGCAGGUCGAACAGUCGACUACGACGCUAUUCCGUCUGCUAGCCGACCUACUUCUCCGCUGUAAGGAUACAGGUCUGCGCGCUCAGCUUGUGGAGUCUCUCAAAAUUUUGCUCGAUACCAAUUUGGAAGGUAUUUCCAACAGCGCUAUGGGGCAUGGUACAGUGUUCAAGGCGCGUAACGAGCCUGAGCAAUUCAUGUCGUGGCUCUACCAAGACGAUAUCAAGCACUUGUUUGAGCCCCUCCUCUCCAUUCCGAGCAUGACAGCGCUUACGAUGACGGAACGCAUUUCGAUACCUCCUAUCCAAGCUGCGCUGUAUAUCCCGUUAUGUGAGCUCUUGUGCUUUGUCGUCACCCAGCAUUCGUACCGCAGCCAGCAUUUCCUUGUGGCCUCUGGUGUAGGUCGCCAUGUCGGUGCCCUUCUGCAUGCACGUGAUAAGUCGCUGCGUUUGGCCGCGGUGCGUGUCUUCCGGGCGUGUAUGGCGAAUCAGAGUCAAAUGACAUGUCGGCACCUCAUCGAGGUGGAUUUGCUGGGCCAUGUGCUGGCGUUGCUCGCGCAGGAAUUACCCCGUGACAACUUGGUCGUGUCAUCGUGCUUGGGGUUGGUGGAGCAGAUUCGGCAGGAUCACAUCCGGCCGCUGGAGCAGCACAUAUGGGAGCAGCACCGUGCGGAGUUAGAGCGGCUGGCUGAGCAUCCCUUGGCCAAGGCAAGUCUUCAGCCAUUGGUGACACGCUAUAUGUAUGGCCAUGACGAAAACGAUAGUGUGGACGAGGAUGCGCUGUCGCAGAAAGUCGAGGGCGAUAUGGAUGCGCAGCCUGGGCUGGAGCUUUUUGCUGCGCAGGAGGCAGCCGAUGAAGCGGACUACUUUGACUCAGAGGAACCUACAACCUCUGUCACAGACUUGGCCGACCCUACAGAGGCUAGUCAGACCCCAACGGAGCUAACAUGGGACCUGAAACGACGAAAAGACGAAGCUGGCCACGACGACGACGACGAAUUCCUAGCGCGUGUCGCAAAACGCAAAGCAUCUGGCAACCAUACGCCACUGCCAACGUCGUAA